AUGCUCACUGAAAAGCGACCAGCGUGGUCUUUCCCUGAAAACAAACUCAUGAUACAGGGCUUUGAAUGGCACGUGCCGGCAGACCAGCGCCACUGGCAGCGCCUCCGCAAAGCACUUCCGGACCUCAAAGAGAUCGGUGUCGAUAACAUAUGGAUCCCUCCCGGUUGCAAAGGGAUGGUCCCAUCUGGAAUUGGAUACGACAUUUAUGAUCUGUAUGAUCUUGGAGAAUUCGAUCAAAAGGGCACUCGGGCCACGCGAUGGGGCUCGAAGGGAGAUCUACAAAGCUUGGUGUGUGCUGCACGAGACAUGGACAUCGGAAUCUACUGGGAUACAGUGUUGAACCAGAAGGCUGGAGCGGAUUCAACCGAGCAGUUCACAGUUGUCAAGGUGGAUCACAAAGGUGAUUAUUUCACUGCCUACAAUGAACGAUCGAGAGAGCUUUUGGAUGUUGACAGUCAGUUAGACAGGUGUAUGGAAAUUUCUAAGCCUGAAAUCAUCGCUGGCUGGGUCAGAUUCGACUUCUCGGGACGCGGUGAGAAAUACAGUUCGAUGAAGUACCACUCGCAACAUUUCACAGGUGUGGACUGGGACGAGGCGAACCAGCAGCAUGCAAUAUACAAAAUCGUGGGACACAACAAAGACUGGGCGAAGGAUGUGAGCGAUGAGUACGGCAACUACGACUACCUAAUGUUCGCCGACCUUGAUCAUUCUCAUCCAGAGGUUCGAGCUGAUAUCUUCAGAUGGGGAGAGUGGCUAGGCCAUGAAUUGCCAAUCAGUGGCAUGCGGAUCGAUGCAGCCAAGCAUUUCUCUGCCUCUUUCCAGAAAGAUUUUGUGAAGCAUCUGCGUAAGACGGUUGGCGCUGAUUAUUUCAUAGUUGCAGAGUACUGGAGAGGGGAGGUGUGUCUGCUCUUGAAAUACCUUCAACUAAUGGAUUACGGCGUCUCGUUGUUCGACGUUCCACUCUUGGGGCGUUUUGCGGCUAUCUCGAAGACGGCAGGUGGUGAUUUACGGAAGAUCUUUACAGGCACACUGGUAGAACAGAUGCCAUUGCAUGCUGUGACGUUUGUUGGCAAUCAUGAUACUCAACCUGGCCAGUCAUUAGAGAUCUCUCAGACUAUCAUAGCUCCAUUCUUCAAAUCCCUCGCAUAUGCAUUGAUCCUCCUCCGAAGCCAAGGACAGCCAUGCAUCUUCUAUGGAGAUCUCUACGGUGUCAACGGAGGGCCCGAAUCCCAAUCCGGGCCAUCAUGCAGCGGAAAGAUCCCCAUACUCACUCGUGCCAGAAAAUUAUACGCACACGGUGAACAACGGGACUACUUCAAUCGACGGAACUGCAUUGGAUUUGUACGCUACGGGACUAAUGAGCACCCAUUCGGCCUUGCCUGCAUUCUCAGCAAUGGUGGUUCAGCAUACAAGCGCAUGUUCGUCGGUCACGGACACGCUGGAGAAGAGUGGACAGAUAUUCUUGGCUGGCGGGAUGAUACGGUACUCAUCAAUAGCCGUGGAUACGGUCUGUUCCCAGUCGCAGCUAUGAGUGGUGUCUACAAGUUCCUCUUCGAUAUAGCUGCUGAUCGCUGUCUCGUCAUCAGCAAUGCAGACAUAUACAGUCUCUAA